UCUCUUUCCCCCUUCCUCCUCCUUACGGUGGUGUGGAAGCAAGGAGAGCACAGAAAGCAAGAGAGGAAGACGGGGGGAGUACAUUCAGGAAGCGUGGCAAGGGACGCAUGGAAGAAAUGAAUGUUUAUGAUUGUGUUUAGUGUUCACCACAGAACGCCUCAAUAAAACGGGAGAUUUAUCACUCGAAUCAAUCAAUGCGUACCCAACCGCAUCCUUUCUGUCGCUCUUUAAACUGCUAGCACCAUCCCCACAUCUGCAAACCAACCCUGCAAGCUCCGGCCACGGUCUGUAAGGUUUUCCCGUCGUGCGAAGGCCGGCCGCUAGUUCCGAGGAGAAGACAAGCAGUUGCAGCAGAAGCAGCAACAACAAGGCCAAUGGCAGGUGCUUGGAAGGAGAAGGUCGUGGUGAUCAUGGGCUCAACCGGCACCGGAAAGUCGAAGCUCUCCGUCGACAUUGCCACCAAGUUCCCCUCCGAGAUCAUCAACUCUGACAAGAUGCAGGUGUACAGGGGCUUGGAUAUUGCCACCAACAAGAUUCCUGGCCACGAGCGUGCCGGCGUGCCGCACCACCUGAUGGACUUCGUGGAACCGAGUGGCGGCCUUGGUGCAGGUGAGUACACCGAGCUCGCUGCUCAGGCCAUCUCUGAAAUCGCUGCCCGCGGCCGGGUUCCGAUCCUCGUGGGGGGCUCCAAUUCCUACAUUCAGGCACUUGUGUCGCCGGAUUUGGGGCCUGAAUUUCGAUACGACUGCUGCUUUAUUUGGCUUGACGUCGACCUUGAGGUCCUCGCCCCGUACCUCUCCCGCCGCGUCGACGAAAUGAUGGACGCUGGACUUUUGACCGAGAUGGCGGAGUUCUACGACCCAAGCGAGUCGGUCCAACGUGGAGUGAGGCUCUCCAUCGGGGUGCCGGAAUUCAACCGCUACUUCCUGCGCUACCCCCCGGAUUCGUCGUCGGAAUCUUCUUCCUGCUCAUCCUCGGAAGAGGACUGGGACCCCGAGGAGGAGAGGAGGAAGCAGAUGCUCGGCGAGGUCGUCGACGAGAUGAAGCUGAACACGGUCAAGCUCGCAGUGAAACAGAAGUCCAGAAUCGAGAACUUCCGGUCUCGCGGAUGGGACAUCCAUCGCAUUGAUGCGACAUCCGUGUUCGAAGCUGCGCCAUCGCAAUUCGGACACGUGUGGGAGAAUACGGUGCUGAAUCCUGCAUUGGAGAUCGUGAAAAAGUUUUUAUCCCCAGAAGCGGCCGGCCUGAAAGACUCGGCGCCUUCGCCGGAGGCACCACAGGUGAAGGAGGCAGACAAGGUCGGACCGGCGGGGCUAACAUCUCCAGUAUCUUGAAACAUUUGUCAUCAAACGUCCCUUUACUUUUCUCUGUAUGUUAUUCGCCAUUAAGAAAGAUGGAAAAGUUUUUUCUUCAUUUUUGUUUUUCUCUGGGCCGGCGGAGGGUGCUCCAAAGAAAAGAGAGCAUGGGGAUCGAGCCAUGAACCAUGAAAGGGCCCUUUGGUGCACUUUUUGGGGCGUCUAGAAUUACAGUAUGUUCUU